AUGAUAAGAUUUGAACCAAACUCAAGUUGGAUUCCUCCGUUUCAAUGUGGAAUUAUCGAAUUGAGUCAAUGGCAUCUUGGCUCGAAGUUUCCCCAAUGGUUGAAGUUCCAAAAUAAGUUGUAUGCUUUAGACAUCUCGCAUGCAGGAAUUUCAGAUGUCGUACCCACUUGGUUUUUGAACCUUUCCACUCAAUUUGAAAACGUGAAUCUUUCUUCUAAUCAACUAACUGGAAGGAUUACAUAUUUGAAUGUAGGAAACAUUGUCGACCUAUGCUCAAAUCGAUUCUUUGGUCCACUGCCAAGACUGUUGUCAAACAGAUUCUCUGGUCCAUUAGAAUAUUUAAGUUUGUCAAGGAAUUUAUUUUCAGGAUCUCUUUAUGAAUUUGUUUGCAAUUCAUCAAUGACAUCAAUGAAAGUUCUUCUCAUUGAUACAAAUUUUCUCUCUGGAGGAAUUCCAGAUUGUUGGAACCUCGGGCAGGAAUUGAAGCUCUUAAAUUUGGGAAACAACAAUUUGACAGGAAAAAUCCCAUCUUCUUUGGGAGAUAAAAGUCUUGAAAUGCUAAACCUUCGGAACAAUAGCAUGCUUGGAGAAUUACCCUCCACAUUACAAAAUUGUACUAAUUUGGUUGUUCUUGAUCUCAGUAAAAAUCAUUUCAGUGGAAGAAUACCAGCAUGGAUUGGUGACAAGCUCUCUAAGCUUGUGGUACUAAGCCUCCGGUCAAAUAACUUUGAUGGUCAUAUUCCUCAUACAAAUUGCACUCUUCAAUCUCUUCAGAACUUGGACCUUGGACACAACAAUAUUUCAGGAGCUAUUCCAAAAUGUUUUAGACAUUUAAGUGCAAUGGCCACCGAAGAAAAACAACAUAUCUACUAUUCUGAGUGGUUGUACAAUGAUGCUAAUGCAGAAACGAGCAUUUCUUUAAUGGGUGCGUCAUUUUUGCUGAAAGGACGAGAGGACUUGUAUAGUACCACACUGGGACUUGUUACCAGCAUAGACCUUUCGGCUAAUAGUUUUACAGGAGAGAUCCCAAAAGAAUUUGGAACUCUCAUUGGGCUAUUGUCAUUAAAUCUUUCAAGGAAUCUCUUAACAGGAAAUAUACCAGACAACAUUCGCAACUUGAAGUUGAUGGAAUCUCUUGAUUUGUCAAUGAAUCAGUUGCAUGGUGAAAUCCCUUCAAGUUUGUCCAAUUUGAACUUCUUGAAUCACUUCAACGUAUCCUACAACAACUUGACAGGACAAAUCCCAACAGGCACUCAACUUCAAAGGUUUGAUAACUCUUCUUACAUGGCCAAUUAUCUAUGCGGGCCUCCUCUCAGUAAAAGUUGCAGUGCUAAAGGUGUUCCGACUGAUGUUACGAAGAAUGGAAGUAGCAGUGGAAGAAGUAAAGUGAAUGGAUAUUAUUGUUGA